AGCCAUUUUGGCUCAGGCGAUUGAGUCAAACUCGAUGUCUGGCAACAGGCUCUCCCCAGAGCAUGCCGACGGCAGGGUGCAGCGCUCGAAGCUGAGGUUCAACACUGGGCCGCCCAGGGAGCAGUCGGUAGAUGCGCUGCUGAGCCCGGAGGCUCUCGGGCGCAGGCCGCAAAAGGCGGCGACCAUCGAUGGCGGCGGUGGGCCGAGGAGGUCGUUCCUGGGCCUGGCGGAGGGGUCCCCUGCGUCCCGCCGGCCGUCCAACAGCAACACCGGCAUGCCCCCGAGCCCCCGGAAGGACGUGCCGCGGCUGUCCGGCCUGGGCUCGACGCCGGACCUGCUCGGCAGGCGCCCCUCGAAGAGCGGCACCAAGGAGCGCCCGACGCCGCUGCUGCAGCUGAAGGAGCCCGGAGGCCGCUCGCCGGCGCUGCUGGGCAGCACGCUGCCCCGGGUGGUGUCCAUGCCGACGCUCAACGCCGACGGGGGGCAGCGGUCCGCGAGGGGCAUGCCGUCCCCCCGGGGGAUGCCGGCCUCCCCGCGCACGCCGUCCAGCGGGGCCACCAGCAGCCCGGCGCGCAGGCCCUCGAGGCUGGCGUCGUCCGGGGGCCUGCUGCGGGCGAGCCAGCGCCUGGAGCAGGACGGCUUCGCCGCGGGCAGCAGGGAGCCGCCCCGCUCCCCCCGCGCGUCCACGAGGAUGCCGUCCAAGGGCGUGCUCCGAGCGAGCACGCGCUCCCAGACGGAGCCCGCCAGCACCAAGGAGGCGCCCGAGGUGCGCUUCCGGAUGAGCAACGUCUCCGAGAUUGCGGCCGUUGCCGCAUCCGCCGCGGAGCCGCCGGAGGUUCGCUCCCCCGGCACGUCCUCGAGGGUGCCGUCCAAGGGCGCGCUGCGGGUGAGCACGCGCUCGGUGGACUCCGACGCGGGCGGCAGAGAGCCGCCGCGCUCCCCGCGCACGUCCACGAGGAUGCCGUCCAAGGGCGCGCUGCGAGUGAGCACGCGCUCGGUGGAUUCUGACGUGGGCGGCUCCAAGGAGUUUCCCGAGGGUCGCACAGCCCGCGUAGCCUCAAAACUCUCGUCGUCGAGGGGGAUGGCUCGGCUGAACUCGAAAGCUCAGGCGGAUGGUUCUGCGAGCACCACGGAGCCCACCGAGGAUCUGUUGAACACCGGGCUGCUCUCGUUCGAGGCCACGACGCCGCGGACCCCCCGCUGCCCAGACCCGCAGGUAGAGGCGAUGAAGGAGAUCGCUCGGCUCCGGCGGGAGUUGAUGAUCCCGAUGGAGAGCAUGCAGGCCGCGAUGAAGUUGUUCAAGCAGCACGCGACAGUGCCAGCAAACGGCGUGGUCUUCACGGACGGGGAGCUGACGAAGGCGAAUCUCGCGAGCGUCAUGAGGCAGAUGUCGUCGGGGACUUCAAAUGAUCUGGUCGAGACUUGCUUGGUGGACAACGCGUUCGAAAUAGCGGACAAGGACGAGAAUGGAUCCAUCAGUUUCUACGAGUUCGCUAUCUGGUAUUCAAGCCAUAGUUUCGAUGAGAUGUUCAAUCUGGACUCCAAAGAGAUAGAACUGCGCACACUAUCCGCGCAGCUCGGGAUGCCCAUGUCAGAGAUUGACACAUACAGGAAACACUUCGACUCCUUCGACAUAGACGGGAACGGCACGAUGGACAGGACAGAGUUCUACGAGAUGUUGUUGAAGUGCCUCAAGGUGCCUAAGCACAUCGGCAUUCCCAAGAACCGGGUGGAACAGAUGUGGUCCGACGCGGACGCGGACGGCAGCGGGGUGAUAGAGUUCAUCGAGUUCGUUCUGUUUUACGCCAAGUACUUCGGGGCCAAGGGCAUGGAUGGGUACUACGCCAAGAACGGCCUCGUGGACACGCUCCGCGGAAGGUAGGCACGCUGCUGACGCGCGGGACCCGGCCUCGUCCGGCGAGGGGCCGACGGGGUCUGGGGCUCUGAUCGUGAUUCUCCGCGACGUUGCAGUUCCCACAGCGCCUGCUCCCGAGGGGAGCUGUGAUCCUUGCGCCACCUCCGUUGGAGGGGGGGCCCGCUGGCUGCGGCACCCCUGUCGAGAGAGCUGUCGCCGACGUCAUCGGGCCCCGCGGAGGUGGCGAGGGGCACGGCUGACCCGACUGUGGCCAGUCGGCUCUCGGCAAAAGCUCGGGGCACGAAUCCCCGCCUCCUCUCCCGCGCGCGCACAGCAGCCUCGACCUGCCGGAUCGGUCAUGGCUUUGAGCCUUGCCGAAUCGUGCCUCCCAUGGCCACACGUGAUUCACUAGAGCGCGCUUUCACGUCCUCUUCCGUCGUUGUCGCGGCAGACGCUUACAGUUGUGGAGCGUGGUUGCGGAACUUCUAGACUGCUCGGGGUAACCUCCUUUACGGGAAGUCCACGCAGCGCUGAGAGCUGUGUCGCACAUCGUGUCGAUUAGUGCGCCCUUUCUGAGGUGGACAGCCUCACUGUACUGGUUCUGAGCACCGUGCUGCUCAUGGAAAGUGCGCACCGGGGUGCAGAUUUGGGCCUAUACCUUUUUCUGCAACCGAUGAGGGGGAGA